AUGUCUGCACCUGUUAAUUCCCGCGAGCCGCGAAAUGCGAAGAAAAAAGCUAUAGAAAAUGCUGAACAUCAACACUCAUUGGAGACCAACUUGGAGGAAGAGGAGGAGGAUGGGGGUCACCUCGAGUCUAGUGGCAGUGAGGCGGACUUGGAACCUGUAAAACCAAAGCCUCAAGGUGCACAGGCUUUUGAUACUGACGAGCUCGACUCCGACAGUGAUCAGGUGGACUGCCCUGUCAUGGCGAAUGGUGGUGAUAUGGAUGAGGAGAGUGAGCACGACGAACCAGAGACUACCGCCAUGAUGCUUGCUGAUGAGAUCCCUUCGCUAGUCACUGACAACAUGAAGCCCAAGCAGGUUGUUCAAAUGCACAGGAAAUCACAGUCUGCCCGGGAUCAAAAACACGCUGCGGAGAUUCCUACCUGGCGCGAUGUCGACAAUGCUGUCUCAGAGUCCGAGGAAACUACUACUGCGGGCAGCGAACCCUCGGAACCUUACUCCAACAAUCGCUGCUCUUCAAAUUACUUGAUGUUACAAGAACAUCUAGAUGCUUGGGCCCCUACCAUUUUUCUCCUAAUCCUCCUCGUAUCAGCCCUUGCAUCAUACCCUUACCCCGACCUCACCCUGGUCAUCCUUGUCAUCCUCACAUUCCCUUUCGCUCUCUAUCUGUCGCUUCAGCAGAGCCAGUACAUCUGGCCGGAUCCUUCCGCUGACGAAUCAUACCCAUGCUCCGGACGGUAA